AUGGGAGAAGAAGCUGAUGAUGAUGAUGAUGAUGAUGACAAUGAUGAUGAUAGCAAUGAUGCUGACAAUGAUGAUGAUAGCAAUGAUGGGAGACUGGUGACUGAAAGAUGUACAACGGCCACUGACACCUGUAUUGAUGAUAAUGCAGAAUGCAAUGGCACAGUGUGUGAUUGUGUUGAUGGGUUCACUUUUAAUGGAUCAGUUUGUCUUGGCACUGAUUUAUGUGACCCAUGUGACCCGACAGCAAAUACUUGCAACGUGGAUCUAGUAUGCAAUAGUGACACAUACAGAUGUGAAUGUCCCACAAACCAAGUGCAAAUUGGAGAUUCGUGCUAUGGAAGGCUAGUAGGCGAGGACUGUACAACAAGUUUGGACACAUGUAUUGACGACAAUGCCGUCUGCAACGGUACGAUUUGCGAUUGUGAAGAAGGCUUUCAUUGGAACGGGACUCACUGUGGUGGUGAGAAUUUAUGUGACCCGUGUGACCCUUCAAGUUCAUUUUGCGAUGAUCCACUUGUAUGCAGCUCGGACACGUAUAGAUGUGAAUGUCCACCUGGCUUUGUUCAGAUCGGAGACAAUUGCUACGGUACACGUGUUGGAGAAUCUUGUUUGGCGUCACUUGACACGUGUAUAGAUGAUAAUGCGGGUUGUAACGGCACAGUCUGUGAUUGUAACGAUGGUUAUUUUUGGAAUGGAACUAUCUGUGUUGGAACAUCAAUAUGUUCCCCUUGUGAUUCGUCCAAUCCAUGUGAUUCUGAUCUGGAGUGUAACCCGAGCACUUACAGAUGUGAAUGUCCUGCUGAUCGUGUCCAAAUAGGGAACGAGUGCUACGGAACCCGUGUGACAGAGCCAUGCACAAGUGACGUCGAUACGUGUAUAGACUGUAACGCUGAUUGUAACGGGACAGUGUGUGACUGUGUCACUGGGUACACUUGGAAUGGAUCAGUAUGCUUGGGGACUAACCUGUGUGACCCCUGUGACCUGGCGACGACCACAUGUGAUGAUGACCUGAUCUGUAAUCCAAACACAUACACAUGUGAAUGUCCGACUGAUCAUGUACAAAUAGGAGACUCCUGCUAUGGUACUCAGGUCACAGAAUCAUGUACAACUACGCUAGACACAUGUACAAAUGACUUCGCCGAUUGUAAUGGGACAGUUUGUGAUUGUAUAAGUGGAUAUUCAUGGAAUGGUAGCAGAUGUGUUGGAGGAAACCUAUGUGACCCCUGUGACCCUUUAACAGUGGCUUGUGAUGAUGGCCUUGAAUGCAGUACCGGCACAUAUAGAUGUGAAUGUCCAGAUGAUGAAGUUCAGAUUGGGGAUAAUUGCUAUGGGACACAUGUAGGUGAUGAUUGUACGACUAGCUUGGACACUUGUAUUGAUGACCAUGCUGAGUGUAAUGGAACAGUCUGUGAUUGUAUAGAGGAUUGGGUAUGGAACGGAACUCAUUGUGUUGGACCAAAUUUAUGUGACCCAUGCGAUCCAUUGACAGAAUCAUGUGAUACUGGCCUUGUAUGUAGUUCUACCACAUAUAGAUGUGAAUGUCCGUCUGGACAAGUGCAGAUAGGUGACAACUGCUAUGGUACACGUGUUGGAGAAAACUGCUUGUCGUCACAUGACACGUGUAUUGAUGACAACGCGGGAUGUAAUGGCACGGUUUGUGUUUGUGAUGACGAUCAUGUUUGGAAUGGAACUAUUUGUGUCGGUCCAAACCUGUGUUCAAACUGUGAUCCUAAUACCGAUUCCUGUGACACCGGUCUUAUAUGUAACCCGGUUACAUACAGAUGUGAAUGUCCAACUGGUCAAGUGCAAUAUGAUGAUGAUUGCUACGGGACUCAUAUUGGUGAUUCAUGCACGACAAGUUUGAACACGUGUAUUGAUGAUAACGCUGGAUGUAACGGGACAAUAUGUGACUGUUUACCUGGGUCUACUUUUAACGGAACAUUUUGCGUGGGUACACAACUGUGUGAGCCAUGUGAUCCGAAUGAUUCAACAUGUGAGCAGCCUCUUCAAUGUAGCUCUGACACCUACAGAUGUGAAUGCCCGCCAGGUCAUGUACAGUAUGACGAUGAAUGCUAUGGGAGAUUUGUAUCAGAGCCUUGCACGUCCUCUCUCAACACGUGUAUUGAUGAUAACGCCAUAUGUAAUGGUACUGUAUGUACAUGUCGUGACGGCUGGGUAUACAAUGGCACCAUUUGUGUCGGACCUGGACUAUGUGACCCGUGUGAUCCAUUGACAGAAUCUUGUGACUCCAGUCUGCAAUGUAAUCCAAACACAUACAGAUGUGAGUGUCCAACAGGUCAAGUUCAAGUUGGCGAUACAUGUGUUGGCACUCGUGUAACUGACUCGUGUACUACUGUGAUUAACACGUGUAUAGAUGACUAUGCGGAGUGUAAUGGGACAGUUUGUAAUUGUGUGGACGGUUUUGUAUAUAAUGGAUCAAGAUGUUUGGGCAUGGAGUUGUGUGAACCAUGUGACCCAGACACGGAGACGUGUGCCUCAAAUCUUGUCUGUAGCAGUGACACCUACAGAUGUGAAUGUCCCUCCAAUCUGGUGCAAGUCGGUGACCAAUGUGUUGGAACACGUGUUGGAGAAGAGUGUGUUACAGAAACUGACACGUGUAUUGAUGAUAACGCUGAGUGUAAUGACACAAUAUGUGACUGUGUGGAUGGUUUCACCUGGACAGGACUACUUUGUGCUGGUUCAAUUAUCAAUGACCCAUGCAGUCCUGAAAAUCCGUGCUCAGGAGUGCUUGUUUGUAACGUAAACACGUCCAAAUGUGCAUGCCCAUCUAAUCUAGUGCAAAUUGGAGACCAGUGCUAUGGAACACUGAUUGGUGAAACCUGCACUACCAGUCUGGACACGUGUAUUGACGACUUUGCUGAAUGUAAUGGGACAGUUUGUGACUGUCAAGAUGGUUAUGAAUAUAACGGAACAUUUUGUCUUGGGACUAACCUUUGCGACCCUUGUGAUCCUUUGGCAUCUACGUGUAGGUCCGAUCUUGUAUGUAGCUCUGACACCUACAGAUGUGAAUGUCCAGACGAUGAAGUUCAAGUCGGAGACAAUUGCUAUGGAACACACGUGGGUGACGACUGCACAACUUCUCCGGACACAUGUAUUGAUGAUCAUGCUGCGUGUAAUGGCACAGUGUGCGAUUGUAUCAGUUGUUACUCAUGGAAUGGCACCAGAUGCCAUGGCCAGUUGCUAUGUGACUCAUGUGAUCCGAUGUCCUCUACGUGUGAUUCCAGUCUCGUCUGCAAUGCAAACACAUACAGAUGUGAAUGUCCGACUGAUGAAGUGCAGAUUGGUGAUGAUUGUUAUGGGACACAUGUUGGGGACAGGUGUACUAAUGUUGUCAACACGUGUAUUGAUGAUUAUGCGCUGUGUAAUGGUACAAUAUGUGACUGUAUGGCAGGAACUACAUGGAAUGGUUCAAUAUGUGUUGGAAGUGACCUUUGUGACCCCUGUGACAGUUCAGAUUCUACAUGUGCACCAAAUUUUGUUUGUGGUUCCUCGUCAAGAUGUGAAUGUCCCGAUGAUGAAGUGCAGAUAGGGGACAAAUGCUAUGGGACUCGUGUUACUGAGGCAUGCACCACAACUCUAAACACUUGUGUUGACUGUUUUGCUGAAUGUAAUGGCACUGUCUGUGAUUGCAAAGAUGGCUAUUAUUGGAACGGCACUCGCUGCAAUGGGGAGAAUCUCUGUGACCCCUGUGAUCCUUCAGCUCCAACGUGCAGAUCAGAUUUAAGAUGUAGCCCAACCACAUACCGAUGUGAAUGUUUAACAAAUGAAGUUCAAAUCUCGGAUGUGUGUUACGGAACCCAUGUCACAGAAUCAUGCACAACAACAACAGACACAUGCACAGAUGAUUAUGCUGUCUGUAACGGUACUAUUUGUAACUGUAUAGAAGGGUUCUAUUGGAAUGGUUCAUUAUGCGUUGGAGAACAGUUGUGUGAGCCAUGUGACCCAUCUGAUUCAACAUGUGUCAGCCCACUGGUUUGUAGUUCAACUAACGACAGAUGUGAAUGUCCACCAGGUUUUGUACAGUACCAAUCAGCGUGCUAUGGGAGAAAUAUUGGAGAGAGUUGUACGACCUUGCUCGAUACAUGUAUAGAUGAUAAUGCUGCGUGUAAUGGUACAAUCUGCAACUGUGUGGCCGGAUUUUACUUCAAUGGAACAAUAUGUGUGGGGACACAGUUAUGUGACCAAUGUGAUUCUUCAGUAAUAAGCUGUAGUGGUGACUUACAAUGUAGUUCCGACACAUACAGAUGUGAGUGUCCGUCCGACGAGGUCCAGAUAGGGGACGAUUGUUAUGGAACACAUGUUGGUGAUGAUUGUACCACUAAUACUGACACGUGUAUAGAUGACUAUGCUGUAUGUAAUGGCACUGUGUGCAACUGUAUGGCAGGAUAUUCAUGGAAUGGCACCAGAUGCGUGGGCUCCAAUCUAUGUGAUCCGUGCGACCCUGCAUCAUCUACGUGUGACUCCGACCUUCAAUGUAGCACAUGCACAUACAGAUGUGAAUGUCCAGAUGGCUUUGUUCAGAACUCUGAUAUUUGCUAUGGUACACGUGUAACAGAAGGUUGUACAACCAGUCUUGAUACUUGCAUUGACGAUAAUGCUGGGUGCAAUGGUACAGUGUGUGACUGUAACGAUGGCUAUUCCUGGAAUGGAACUACAUGUGUUGGGACCGAUUUAUGUGACCCAUGUGACCCGUCGGCAUCAACCUGUGCAGCGCCGUUAGUUUGUGGUUCUACAACAGAGGUCUGUGAAUGCCCUUCAAAUCUAGUACAGAUUGGAAAUAAUUGCUAUGGAACACUUGUCACGGAAAGUUGUACAACAUCUACGGACACAUGUAUUGAUGAUUACGCUGCCUGUAACGGAACUAUUUGCAACUGUAUCGCCGGAUAUCAUUGGAAUGGCUCUAUAUGUACUGGCGAAAACUUAUGUGAUCCUUGUGACCCUUCAAAUCCAACAUGCGCGUCGGGUUCAGUUUGCAGCUCAAGUACGUACAGAUGUACAUGUCCGCCUGAUCAAGUACAGAUCGGGAAUGAUUGUUAUGGUACAAUGGUUGGUGAUCCAUGCACGACACCGGACACAUGUAUACAAGAUAAUGCAGGUUGUAACGGCACCAUCUGCGACUGUCUUCCAGGAUUUUCACAUAAUGGCACUGUGUGUGUUGGAACUGGGCUUUGUGACCCUUGUGAUACAUCAGUAUUAAAUUGUGAGGACCCCUUGGAGUGCAGUUCUACCACAUACAGGUGUGAAUGUCCCUCUGGUACAGUACAGAUAGAUGGCGCCUGCUAUGGAACACUUAUUGGGGAGACUUGUACAAGUAGUUACGAUGUAUGUAUUGAUGAUAAUGCUGGAUGUAAUGGGACAAUAUGCAACUGUUUGCCUGGGUAUUUCUUUAACGGCACUAUAUGUGUUGGGACAGAAUGGUGCGAUCCAUGUGACGACUCAACAGCGGCUUGUUCAUCUGCUUUUACUUGCAGUUCCACUUCAUACAGAUGUGAAUGUCCGUCUACACACGUGCUUGUUGGGGAUACUUGUGUUGGAACCCAAGUUGGCGAAUCAUGUUCAUCUCUGCUUGAUACAUGUAAAGAUAAUAAUGCUGCGUGCAAUGGAACAGUGUGUGAUUGUGUUGAUGGUUGGGUAUGGAACGGAACAAUUUGCGUUGGACCAAACUUAUGUGACCCAUGUGAUCCGGGUGUAUCUUCCUGUAAUAAUGGUUUGGUGUGUAGCUCGACAACAUACCAAUGUGAAUGUCCUCCAGAUGAGGUUCAAAUCUCCGACAUGUGUUAUGGCACACAUAUUGGUGAAUCAUGUACUACCAGUGUACCAACCUGUGUUGAUGAUAAUGCUGAAUGCAAUGGUACCGUGUGUGACUGUAUUGAAGGAUUUACCUAUAAUGGAACCACAUGUGGUAAUGUUUAUUUGUGUGACCAUAUAUUUUGA